GCAGUGCAGUGCUGAUUUUAUUAUGCGUAAGUACGCCAGGUGUCUUGAUAGGAAAUUGACACGACCACUAGCAGCUAUACGAUGUAUAUUAGCGCGUAUGAUAUUUAUUUGCAAUAAUUAAAUACGAUAACACGUCUGCUUUCGGCAGAGUCACGGACGGAAGAGGAAGGAAGGAAAGGAAAGGAGAAGAGGAAUCUUGUAGUGAAUAUACUUCACAAUGAUAACGAGAAACGAUGAUAGCUGAGGUGGUUCGGUCAUAACUCGGAAUUACCAAUGUCAAAUUCAUUGAUAUUCCUGUUCGUCUCGUAUGACAUCCCCGAGAUAAUAUUUAUAUUCUAGAGCCGAGCGGCAAAGUUUUUUUAAGUAUCAGAGGCUAUGUCAGUAAAAGGUUAAAAUGACGCUAUCAUCAGAAAUGCGUCACCGGCCACACCAGAACGGCCAACACGUGAAUGCUGAAGAUAUUCCGGAGCCGACCAAGAGGUGGGACCCCUUCAUUGAUGGUAUCCGAUGGAUUGAGAACUAUUCCGAUUCGUUAGAAAACUUUUUUGCCAAAGUGCCCAACGUGAUAAAUACGGUCGUUAGCACUUUGGCAAUAUUCACGUUUGGGGCUAUUUUGAGAGGAGAAUGGGUGAUAAUCCUCAUCACAGCGUUGAAGCAAGCCGCGGGCCAUACUCAGAGCGGUAGGAACACGACCACCGAGGAGAUCUACGAGCUGGUCACUCUGAAGAAACUCAAGAUGGAGAACUUCUUCGUGAUCUUCAUAGUCGCGCACGUAGUGUCUUUCAGCAUGUACUUUUUGGUGGGAGGAUUUUUGCAUUGGUACUACUACAUAAACAAGCGCCACGUGGCUCAUGAAUGGAAGAUCCAGCCGACAAAAUGGUUGAGUCCAGAACUCGAGCGCCACGAGAUCAAGCUCGGUUCGUUAUCGCUCUUCAUCGUCGGUAGCUUCUCCGCGUUUCUCGCCACUUACAUCUUCAACGGAAACCCUUCCACUGUCUACUUCCAAAUUGACGAGUAUGGAUGGCUGUGGUUCUUGUUGCAGUUCCCCGUUAUUUUUAUUUAUAUGGACUACACAACGUACAUCCUUCAUCGUAUGUACCAUACGCCUUUCCUCUACAAGCACUUCCACAAACACCACCACAAAUACAAACAGCCCACCAUGUUCUCAGUGACUGCCAUUCAUCCUAUAGAAUUGCUACACAUUCAAGCUACUGUGAUUCUGCCGCUGUUCCUGUUCCCUGUUCACUGGUUUGCAUUCUACUCGAUCGCAAUCUAUAACUACACUCAUGGCAUUCUGGAUCACUCGGGCAUCAACUUCACAGCGCAGUGGUGGCAGCCGUGGCAGCCCGAUUCUGACUUCCAUGACAAACACCACGAGUUCUUCCAUUGCAACUUUGGCUUUAACAUGACUCUGUGGGAUAAGUUACACGGCACGUGCAGAAAGCAGAACCACUUAUACACAGAGCAGACAUACCACGGCGAAGCGAAGCCUAUCGACUCGGCCGAAGUCCAGGCAAUCAUCGAGAAUGAUCCUGAGAUAAAGGAGAUUGUCCAAGACAUCAUCAAAGCUGACAAAUUGGGAAUGAAUUAAAACAUCAUCUACAUCCCACAAGAAAUCUACCCCGGAACAGCGAUCCUAUAUUGUUAUCGCACAUACUUUGUCUUCUUUGAGUGUUGAUGUGGUUAAUAAUGAUAGUUACACCAACUACCAAAUCCAUACAGACUAAGUCCAGCGUUCUCAACUGUGAAUAAUUAUAAUAAAUUAAAAGAAAAAAAACUUAAAAAAAAA